AUGGUAGAGAGUUAUCAACAGACUGAGUGGCCAGCAAAGGCCUCUCACUAUAGACUUGCAAUCCCAAUCGGAAUGGGGUCUUUCGGACUUGUUUGGAAAGCUGAAGUUCUAAAGGAAGGCUUUAUAGGGAGAAACGUAGCCAUUAAAAUCAUAGAUUUAGAGCAAUUCCAGGAUAAUAGCAUUGAUGAAAUCAGGAAAGAGAUAUCUAUUAUGAGUACCUGCUCGCAUAGAAAUGUAGUCAGCUGUCAUGUCUCUUUCAUUGAGGGUACUGAUCUCUGGCUCGUUAUGCCUUUACUUAGCGCUGGUUCUUGCAGUGACAUAUUAAAAUUGAACUAUCCUCAGGGAAUUAAAGAUGAGGCAAUCAUAGCAACCAUCAUCAAAGAAACUUUGAAUGGGCUUUAGUAUUUCCAUGAGAAUAGGCAGAUUCAUAGAGACAUCAAAGCUGGAAAUAUCUUGCUCGACAUGGAUGGAAACGUUUAUAUUAGUGAUUUCGGUGUUUCAGCUUCUUUGAAAAAGGGAUAAAAAAGAAAAACCUUUGUUGGCUCGCCAUGUUGGAUGGCGCCCGAGGUAAUGGAGUAGACAGGUCAUGACUUCUCAGCUGACAUAUGGUCACUUGGAAUUACUGCCAUUGAAAUAGCAAAUGGGGAAGCACCUUAUCAAAAUUUACCUGCAAUGAAAGUCAUCCUUUAAAUUAUAAAUAACGCUCCACCAGCAUUGAGUAAGCAUGAUAAAUGGGACUAGUCUUUCAGAGAUUUUGUCACAGAUUGUUUAUAGAGAGAUGGUACCAAAAGACCUACAAUUGAGUAGGUAUUCAAAAAUCAUAAGAAGUUCUUUGCAAAGGCUAAGAAUGCUCAGUACCUUAAGGAUUUCUUCAUAUAGGAACUGCCAGAAGUAUUCCAGCGUAAAGACUAAUCUCUUAUAUAUUAGGCAGAAGAAUAUCUAAGCCAAAAAGUAAAAUAGAAAGUAAAAAGAGUUGAAGCGGAUAUGAAUAAUCCCAUUUAGUGGAACCUAGACAGUGGCGAUUACUCAGAAAUAGUAAAGAAGGAGAAGUAAAAAAAUGGCAAGUCUAAGCAGGUCUUGGAGGACAAGUAGCAGUUUGACGCUGCUCACCACGUAAAUGCUAUAAAAAAGAGUCAAGCUAGGUAAGGAGACACAGAUGAAAUAUUUGAUGACCUAGGAGAAGAAGAAUGUUGA